AUGGUUCGAUCAAAGGCCGCGUUCAUCCUGUUGACGGUGAUCGCCGCGACCACCAAUACACAAGCCAUCGACUGGACCUUCUGGAACGAUGACGACGAUUCCACCGCCUCGUCCGGCUCGAGCACGGGCAUGGAGACCCUGUCACCCGAAGCGCUCAAGAGUAUGAUGGGCUCCGACUACAUGGACGCUGUCAAUGAAAUGGCCUCGCCUUCGAACGCUGUGAGCACUGUCCGGUCCAACUACCGCAACUGGGUCGGACCUUACAGCAAAGGCGGAGACUCGGCUUGCUACCGCGAAUCCCACAUCAUGGACACCUGCCCGAGCAACUUCGACCGCAACGACCUGACCAACACGUGCUGGACCGAGUGCCCGAUGGAGUACCCGGUUGAGUGCGGCAUGCAGUGCAUCCAGCAGAACAACGACUGCGGCCGUGAGAACGUCGCCAAGAUCUCGGCCGUGGCCAUGUCCGCUCUCAGUAUGGCGAGUUUCGGUGUCUUCGGCCAGCUCGCGAAGCUCGGCAAGAAGGUGACGUGGGCGGUCAGAUGCGUCAACAUGCUCAUGACAGCCACGAGAGCGAUCGUGCGUUUCACGCGUAACCAAAUGGUCAACGACCCGCAGACGUCCCAGGAGAAGCUCCUACUGCUGCUGUACCAGACGAACUACGUCGUCGCCGAUCUUCCCGCUACGAUCUAUGCCUGCAUGGGCAAGAAUGUGCCCGCCAACCUAAACCUGGCCCGUGGUCUGCUCCCCACGGCCCAGUUCGUGUUGCUGCUGGUGCUGAGUUACGACGACGACAUCAUCCACAGCUGGGAGAAGUUCAAGGCCUUCAUGAAGAGGGCCAACUUCACGGAGGCUGCCGAGGCCAUCACGGAUGGUGAGAUCUCGAGUCUCGAGACGGCCAUGAAGCAGAACACGACGUGCGGCGAGGAGAUGCGGUCGCUGACCAACCAGGUCUGGAUGACGGUGAACGAGUACCGCGAGGAGAACCCCAAGAUCAAGGACUCCGAGAUCCGCCUCAAGAUCAGCCAGUCGGACCUCGUGCUGUACGACAUCGCCACGGUGACCAACAACUGCAUGAGCCAAAUGAUCUCCGAGUCGACGUUGGCCACGGCCUACAAGACCCGUGACACCCUCCGCAAGACGUUCGGCGUCAUCAUCAACGACCUCAUCAAGUCUGGCAAGAGUGACAACGGCACGUCCUUGGCCGCGAAACACAAAGCCUACGUGUUCAUCGAUAACGCCAUUACGAUGGCCUCCGUCACGGGUCUCGAGCCCACGGAUCUGUCGACGCUGUUCGCUGAAUUCCUGCAGACGAUCUGCGGUCCGACGCAGUUCAUGGGCGAGAUCGACGACGGCGAUGAGGCCGCCACCCUGGGCAUGAACGCACUCAAGAAAGCCUUCAAGAACAGCACGCUCUCCUGGUCCAAGAAGGGCGACGGUGCGGUCAUUGUCAACUUCACGAGCAAGGACACGAAGGACGUGACGGUCAACAUUAUGUCGGGCGGUGACAAGAUCGACGAAGUCGACAUCAAGGCUGGAGGCACCGCUCAGUGGAAAUCAAAUGUCACGGCUCUGGGUGGCAAGACGCUGUACCUCGACCGCUGGCGUCCGGGUUUCCUGGGUCUUCCCGGUACUGGCGGAGGUUCGCUCGUGCUGUGGGUGCCCAUCGCCCGCCAGGGAGGCCACUUGGAGGUCAACGCGCAGCUCAACGUCAGCUAG